AUGCAAAAAGUGCUGCACGGCGUGCGCGGACGCCGAGACAGAGAUGCUGCUGUCGCCCGACUGCUGCUGCUGCAUAGGCGUCGUGUCAAUGGCGCCGUGACGGUCCUGGUGGUACUUGGCGAACCACGGGUCGCUGGCGCGCACAACGUGCUGCAGCGCAUCAAGGCUGGUGGUGCCGUGGCGGAACUGCGGCAGCAACUGCGCCGUCUCCGCCCCGUCCUCAGCGGCGGCGUCGUCGUCGUCAUCCUCGUAGGCGUCCUCCUUGCCAACAUCCACUUCCUCCUCCUCUUCCUCACCGGUGGACUCCUCAUCAAACUCGCCCCCCUCCUCCUCCUCCUCCUCCAGCUCUUCUUCAAAGUGCUCCCCGUCCUCUUCCACCUCNCCGGUGGCCUCCUCAUCAAACUCGCCCCCCUCCUCCUCCUCCUCCUCCAGCUCUUCUUCAAAGUGCUCCCCGUCCUCUUCCACCUCUUCCAUUUCUUCUUCCCCCUCCUCUUCCUCCUCGUCGUCGCUCUCUGA